UCACUUCUUGUUUCCGAAUUCACACCCAAUCAACGGAUCCUUCCUGAGAAAUCAUAAAGGAAGGGAGAUGAAAGGGUGAAAGGUGCCUGAUGUCCCUGUGAGUUGGGGCAGCUGUGACUUUCCUGUCCUGCUCCUGUCCCCUGACAGGAUUGUUGGUUGCUACAACCAGCAAGAACUUAAACACCCAUCCUGUGUCAGUGGGCAUCAUCACCACCAUCCUCUUUAAGCACUGAGCCAGUGCCACGUGUCCUUUUAUGCAGAGACUGAGUCUGUGCCAUGAUUUUAUGUUCAGCUGAUGGACCAAAAUUCAACCCAAGCUGCGGAGUCCAUGCAGGGAACAGAAGAGCCUCAGCAACUGAGAAUUCUGGACACUGUGUGAAAGCCUUUUAGGUAAUGUAGGCAUGUCUACUGAAGAUCUCAAAAGACACAGCAACACGUGUAACCAUUAUCAUCCCUUACCUCUGGACUCAGAUUGAUAAGGAGAUUAAUAAUUCAUCUUCUCUUGAGAUAAAGCACACUGAAUAUGGCAGCAUUUCAGAGCAUGCAGUAAAGACUGGGUGCAAGCAAAUCACCAGGUGGUAGAUCUCUGCGUUAGCAGAAGGUACAGAAGGUCAAGAGCUUUUUUGAUAAACGAUCUCUGAACUGCUUUUGGGUUUCAUUGUAGGUGUUUGGACCGCAGUCUGGCCAUGACACAAUCCAAACCUUUGCUUUUGCUCUCUGUUCAUCCACGCUGUGCAACAACUGCCCUGACCUGGGGGACCGAGAGCAGCAAAAUUCUGCCUGAAGAUUAAGGACACGCUCAAUACUGCUACCAGGCAACUUACAGCACCUUUCAUCAAAAGCCAGCAGGAAGAUGGAUCGAACACAAGGGGAAUCCUGCCCCACAGAUCUCAAGCCCUUCCCAAGCUGAGUGGAAACACUCGGCCUGUCUUCAUCGUCCAGCACAGAGCAAAGCAACCGUGGCCACGCCGUGCAAACAGCCAAAGUUCUUUGCAGCUCAUCAGCCCUCUGCACUCACACACUGCCAUGCUUUUGGUCCCUCAGACUGGACUGCUCUUUUAAAUGCUGCUUCAAGCCCAGCUCUGCGCAAGCAAAGCAUCACAGAGAAAUGCAUCUUUCUGAAGGAGCGGUCGGGUGAAUCUUGUGUGGGAGGAAAGUUCUCAUUUCUAAACAGACGAGGCGUUGCUGUGUGCACGAAGCUGUGUCUGGCCAGGCCAGAGAGCGCUAAGAAAGGGUGAUGCAAAAAUAGCACAGGCUGAUUCUGAGCAUGCAGAAAGUUCAUCACUCACCACAGAGUGAGUUCCCAGCACGUGGCGACGCUUUGUGUGUCUCCAGGUUGCGUGUAGCCCUCUGUUGGUUGUCUCUGUGGGCUGAUGCAGGGCCAGAGCUCCUGGUGGCUGAGUUCCUCCAUUCUCAGAGCAGACAGCAGAACUGCAGCCGUGGUUCUGCUCUGCCCCUUGACUUCACCAUCAGCCCUACAUCCAAGCAGGGACACAUUCUCAAUUGUGAGCCCAGAGAAAAUGUUUUGUGGGACAGAGGAGUGGGGAGAGGCGCUAGUUUACUUCUACUGCAAGGAAUGAAACUGCAGUGCUGUUUCCUUGCGGUGACAACGGCGGCGAUAGUGAGUGCAAAGAAGUUUUCUGCUGUUGGAGUUCUGCAGGUGAUGGAGAGUGUGUGGCUGCACUCAAGGCUUUGGGUUGUUUGCAGGCUUCUCACUGCUGGGAUGCUCCCUGGAGAGUGAGAUUGGGCUGAGAAUGCAGUCUAAAGAGUAAAGGAGCAGUGGGGAUAUGUGUAAAGCACAGAAGAGAUGCCCUGCCUGGCGCAGAGAAGUUGUAUUUGAAGAGAUCUUGUAAACAAGAUGGACAGUGAUUGAUUACACAGUUUGGCAGUGGCAGGACAAAGAGAAAGGUUUUAAAAUAGAUGUGGGGUGAUUAAUGUCAGACGCUAGGAAGAAAUUCUUGAUUCAGUGUGUGUUGAGGCUCUGGCACAGGCUGCCCGGAGAAGCAGUGCAUGCUUCAUCUCUGGAGAUGCUCAAGGAUGGAACGUAAGAUUCUAUGAUUCUAUGGUAUAGAUAACUGCAUUAUCUUUAAGAUCCCUUCCAAAUCAAACCUUUCUCUUUUAUGACUUUGAUAGACUGGGGGUGGUCAGCAGUUUGGAGGAGACAGAGCAGGGAGGACAGCUGACCUAAAGAGACCAAAGUGACACUGCAUGCAGAAUGAGGCCAUGAUCAGCAAGCAGAUGUGGGGAAAAGAGGGAGAAAGGAGAAGUUUCCUCCCUCCAGGAAACAGGAAACGCGGACCAUGCUGAGGUCUCUACAUGUCCUGAAAUAAAAGCGGUGUCUCUGCUGACGCAGUAGAUGCACCAUAGGCUGCAUCACAGCCUCUCGCUGUGAAUAACUCUGCAUCAGCUGCAGAAGCACCACAGGACACGUCCAAGGCUCACAAGACAAACCUGUGACCAUCUGCACCCAGCUCACAGCAAAGCAGGAGCCGGGAGAAGAGAUCUCCAAAAGAUGUGGGUGCAGACGGGAUGGGCCACGCCGUGUCCUCGUGUCUCUGCCCUCCUGCUGCUGUUGCUUGGUACUGGUGGGAGCACACAGAACAUCUGCAGCUCCAGGACUGAUGGUGCUCUCCAGGCUCCUGUCCUAUACCUUAACGCAUCCAGUGCUCAGGAAGGGGACGUUGUCCUGGCUCAGUGUGUUCUUCAGGACCAGUUUCCUGCUACCCGAAUUGUCUUCUGCAAGGAUGGGUUGGAGGUGUACAGCAUGAAAGCCCAAGAGGGCAAGGUCAUCAACUCCAUGCUGCUGAGCAUCACUGAGAGAAGCAGUGGGACUUACAAGUGUUUCUACGAGCAGAGGAGCAAGAAAAACUGGCUGAGGAGCUCUGUCCUCAGCGCUCCCCGGGACCUGCAUGUCACAGGCCACGUGUCCGGCUCCACGGAAGGGACAGCAACUGCUGACCCCAACAACCAGCAGGCCUCCGCAGUCACUGCGGUGGCAUCGGUGACUGUCAUCCUCCUCCUGUCUGCAGCGACCUUCUGGACCGUCAAGAAAGGUACCUGCAGGGAGAGGUGCCAAAGGCAGCAGCACGUUCCCAGCCAGCCGACGGAAGCCACCGACUAUGGAGAACUACACUAUGCCACCAUUGUCCACUAUCAAAGGGACAAGAAAAAUGGCAAAUCACGAGAUACUUUUUCUAGCCACACAUCACACUCUCCUCUCUGACUUCUGCAAACACCUCCCCCUGUUGUGCAGAAUUGCAGCCCCUUGUUGCUGCUGCCACAACUGUGCGGUUCCUCCUCGGAAGCUCCAGAAAUGGUUCUAUUUGAGGAGUUGGAAGAACAUUUCUGAGAGUUGGAAAGAAAGCAAAGGGGGAAAAUCUUGCCAACAAUUAUGAAGAAGAGUCUAUCUAGCAAGGAAGUGCUGCCCCAGAUGUGCUCUUAUUUUUGCUAGCUGUCUCCUGCCUGCUUCUUCCUGCGUGCGUGGCUCUUGGUGCACCUGGAGUCUCCUCGUUCAGGGCCUGCAGGCUGUAGCUGCAGUAAUUGGGCUUUUCUUUCCCCUCCUGCCUCCUGUGAAGCAGAUAAAUGACAGCAGAGCCCUGUAGGCUACAGCAUGGCAAAAGCCCUGGGACUGGGUCACGGCCACUGUGUUUCCUUGCACAGGGCUCCUGGGGUGUAACGUGGGGCAGAGAGUAUUUAUGGGGUUUGCUCUCAUGUCACAUCUGGCAGAAUAAGAUUUAUGACUUGCUUAUGUACACAAUGCCUGCAAUAUUAAUAAAACAUCACAGAUACACCAAAGUGGAACAUAAUGAUGUUGUCAUGCAAAUCCACAAGCUGCACUUUGCUGCAUCAUCAAUCUCACCACAGUCUUGAAUCAGAGGAAUCACGGAGUGAUGAGCUGUGGUUAUGCAUUACUGCUGUGGCUUCAGGUGGAAGAAGCUCUGAAGAUGCCCAGGCUGGCUGUGUUUUGGUACCCACUGUGAGCCUGAAGUGCAAGGAUUCUGUCACAGCCCUGUGCACAGAACGUCGCUCUCAGGGUGCAUUCAGAGAGAAUUACACCAGAUUCGACUGGGAAGACUAAGGGAAUCUUCUGUGCCUCUGUGUCACAGACUGGCUUUGUUCUGUCACCGUGUCUGUGACUGAUUAAACAGCAGAACAGAAGUGAAAAUGAAGGCAGGAGCAGCAGCGGGCUGCGCACCCACCUGUGGUCUGAUUAUGCUUUGAAGCUGAGUGUUUGUUUGUGAAAGGCUCUGUGUGGUUUUGGGGUUUCCUCGUCUCUUGGACAAUGUCAUGGCACUUACAGGACUUCUACACGGAGCACAAAUUCCUCAAAACGACGUUGAAAUUUGCUCACACGGGGCCAGACGAGCCUUAUGUGGUCACAGGUGUGUGCAUCAGGGCUCAUCAGACUCAAACCCUCCUCAUCUAACGAGGAGAAAUGAGUACCUCUGAGACCUGAGCUGAGGCAGGUCAGUGAAGAUGCAUCUCAGUACUGCAUCUCAGACAGAUGAACGUUUCCAGCAUGGGAGGCACAAGGGCAAAAGCCAAUGAACACAAAGGCAAUGAAGUGGGCAGAUGUUUAGAAAAAUCUUUACUUCCUGACUGUGAAAUGACUUCUUGUUUCCUAAUGCACACCCAACCAAUGGAUCGUUGCUCAGAGAUCACACAGAAUCACAGAAUUGUAGGGGUUGGAAGGGACCUCCAGAGCUCAUCGAGUCCAACCCCCUGCCAAAGCAGUUCCCUACAGCAGGUCGCACAGGUCGGCAUCCAGGCAGGUCUUGAACAUCUCCAGAGAAGGAGACUCCACCACCUCCCUGGGCAGCCUGUUCCAGUGCUCCGUCACCUCACUGUACAGAAGUUCUUGUGCACAUUGGUGCAGAACUUCCUAUGCUGCAGUUUUCAGCCGUUUCCCCUUGUCCUGUCUCCACUGACCACUGAAAACAGUCUGGCCUCGCCAUUCUGCCCCCCACACCUCAGAUACUGAUAGACCUGGAUCAGGUCCCCUCUCAGUCUUCUUUUCUCAAGGCUGAACAGACCCAGUUCACUCAGCCUUUCCUCAUAGCAAAGAUGCUCCAGGCCCUUCACCAUCUUUGUGGCCCUCCGCUGGACUCUGUCCAAGAGAUCCUUGUCUUUUUUGUACUGGGGAGCCCAGAACUGGACGCAGAGCUCCAGAUGAGGCCUCACCAGGGCAGAGCAGAGGGGGAGGAUCACCUCCUUCGACCUGCUGGCCACGCUCUUUUUAAUGCACCCCAAGAUGCCAUUGGCCUUUUUGGCCACAAGGGCACACUGCUGGCUCAUGGCCGACCUGUCGUCCACCAGGACACCCAGGUCCCUCUCCACAGAGCUCCCCUCCAGCAGCUCAUCCCCCACCCUGUACUGGUGCAUGCAAUUAUUCCUCCCCAGAUGCAAGACUCUACACUUGCUGUUGUUAAACCUCAUCCGGUUUUUUUCUGCCCAGCUCUCCAGCCUGUCCAGCUCUCGCUGAAUGGCAGCACGGCCUUCAGGCUGUCAGCCAAUCCUCCCAACUUUGUAUCAUCAGCAAACUUGCUGAGGGUGGCCACCAUCCCCUCAUCAAGGUCAUUGAUGAAGAUGUUGAACAAGGACCCAGCACCGACCCCUGAGGAACACCACUGCUUACAGGCCUCCAACCAGACUCUGCACCACCAACGACGACCCUCUGCGCUCUGCCACUCAGCCAGUUCUCAACCCACCUCACUGUCCACUCGUCUAUCCCACACUUCCUCAGCUUUGUUAUAAGGAUGUCGUGGGGGACAGCAUCAAAUGCCUUGCUGAAAUCAAGGUAGACUACAUCCACUGCUCUCCCCCCAUCCACCCAGCCAGAGACAACGUCAUAGAAGGCCACCAGGUUGGUCAGACACGACCUCCCCCUGGUGAACCCAUGCUGACUACUCCUGAUAACCUCCUCUUCUUCCAGUUGUCUGGAGAUGGCAUCCAGCACAGCUGUUCCAUCACCUUUCCUGGGACAGAGGUGAGGCUGACUGGCCUGUAAUCACCUGGAUCUUCCUUCUUGCCCUUUUUGAAGACUGCAGUGACAUUGGCUCUCCUCCAGUCUUCAGGCACCUCCCCCAUUAUCCAAGACCUCUCAAAGAUGACAGAAGCGGUUCAGCAAUCACCUCUGCCAGCUCCCUCAGCUCCCGUGGAUGCAUCCCAUCGGGUCCCAUGGAUUUAUGAACAUUGGUGUUGCCUAGGCGCUCCCAGACCACCUCUUCCCUGACUGCAGGGAGGUCUUCCAUCCCCCAGACCCUCUCACUAACCUCCAGGGUCUCGGAUUCCUGAAGGGGAGCUUUCUCACUGAAGACAGAAGCAAGACAGAAUACAAGAAGGUAUUGGAGACAAAACCAUAAAAGGUGUCUGGAGGACCUCCAGACUGGGCAGGCGUGACUUUGAUGCCCUGCUCCUGCCCUCUGGCAGGACAGUUAUUAUAACCAACCAUCUCCAUCCUUUGUCAGUGUGCUGUUCAGGGGCACCAACAUCUCCAGCAGCAUCUUUUUCUUUGAGCUGAGCGAGUGACUCACGUUCUUUUAAGUAAAAUCAAUGUUAAAAUUUUGCAUUCUGCUGAUUAAUCAAAAUUUGGCCCCAUCUGCAGAAUCCAUCCAUGAAAAGACUCAGCAACUGAAAUUCUAGACGUUGUGUGAAACUGUAAGCCUUGUUGAUAAGUCAGGCAGGUUUGGUAAGGAAGAUCUCAAAAGACACAGCAACGCUUGCUACCAAUUAACAUUCCUUAUCUCUGGACUAAGGUUGAUAAGGAGAUUAAUAAUUCCUUUCGUCUUGAGAUGGAGUCUGGCCAGGCCAGAGAGCGCUAAGAAAGAGGGAUGCAAAAAUAGCACAGGCUGAUUCUGAGCACGCAGGAGGUUCAUUGCUCAGCACAGAGUGAGUUCUCAGCACACGGCAACGUUUUGUGGAUCUACAGAUUGCUCCUAUCCCUCUGUUGGGGGAAUCAGCCUCUGCCCAGGACUUAACCUCCUUGCUCCUCCAUGUCUUACCUGCC